CUCUGGUGCUUGCCUUGCAUGCAGAACAGCUGCAAUCAAUCGUUGAGUGCACAGACGGGUCGAAAGGUCCCACACACACAGAUCCAUACGAGUUUAGAUGCACCAAAGGCCGAAUGGUGUGUCCACAUGCAUGUGCCACCCAAGACAAUCUAGCUUCGGCCUGGAUGCUUGCUUUGCUUGCAUUCUUGCUGUUCUUGCUUGCAAGUAAGUAAUGUCGGCGGUGAGACAAUCGACUCACUCCUUGACGUGUGAAUGAAUGGUCCGCUACAACUACAGCACCUUCAGUCGAAGGAGAAGAACAACGCACAAGAUUGCUGUGUGUUGUUUUCCUUGGACUGGAAAUGCUGCAGCUGGACGCCCCAUCCCUCGGUCAAUGUCAGCACAUUAACACACCAUCCGAAAAACACUAUCCAGACUCGUAUUGACGGGUCUCUGAGUAGCCACGGACUCAAUCUGACCGCACAUACGAAUGCAUAAAACACCCAUCCGCACGAAGGGCCUUUGCGUGGUUGCCUGCUGUCUGCGUGUGUCAGUCUUUCUACCUGGGUUCUGCGCCUUGAGGUUCCUCCUUCCUGGGCCUCUGCGGAUCUCCAUCACUCGCCUACGAAUGCGACCCUGAUGCACACACACACACGCAGCAACAACCAAAUCUCGCCUCGCCUCGCCUCGCCUCGUCUCCAGGGCUUCAUCCACCUGGGCCGGCCUCUUUACCCUUUCGUCCCACCUCACUCACCUCUCUGCUCUUGGGGUCGACCUGCGGCACCUCCACAUUCUUGUCGCCCUCGGGCUUCACCUGUGUGAAUGGAAUGGAUGACAGCACAGUACGAGGGGGCCGGGCCAUUCAUGCAUACAGAAGGUGACUGACGGCCAUGCCAUGUGUGUCGGUGGGUGGGUGGGCCACCGACUUACCUUGAAGUGGAAGGAUGGCGCCUGUGGGAUGCGGGCGUGACGACGCUUGUUGAACCUCUCCUCGUCAUCUGCACGAAGGAAUCGACGACGAGACGAGUCGAGUCAGCCGGCCGUGAAGGUGCGACAACCAAUGCUCAUAUAUGUGUUAAAGGGCGUAUCUAUCAACUACCUCCUAAGUCUCCUGUGUGUUGGCGGUCAACACGCUCAACCUGAUGGCAGGGCAGGCGAACACACGAUGGAUGGAUGGAUGGAUAGAUUGACGCCGUGGUGUUGGUGUGUCUGUCUGCUCCCUACCGGUCUGGCGACUACGGGCGAGGGCGCGUCGUCUUCGCGUCGAUCGAGGCUGUCACGUUCGUGCAUGACGCUGCGGGCCCACUUCUUGACCAGACGCUCUAUCAUGCUCUUGUGCUCACGACCCACAUCUGCAGCAGCCGCAACCAGUCAAGACACGCACUCCUUCUUGCCUUCGUUGGUUUUGUUUCUGCGCGCAUUUGGUUUGCCUGCCUUUGUGUUUCCAGAGGUCGAUGAUGACCUCCCCGAGUCUCGGAUACGACUGGCUCAGCACAUCAGGGGACAGCUGAGUAAGUGGAUCCACCCACCCAUACACAUCACAUCACACAUAGAAGGAAGGGUGCAGACAGAGUGACCGAUAGAUACACACAAAUGCUCAUCUCAUGCUCGUUUGCACCGACCGGCAGAGAGAUGAGUGUCUCGAGAAUCCGACCGCGCACAUGGACAUUGGGGAGGAGAUUGUUGUGGAUCGACAACCAGCUGAAGGAUCGACAAGCCACAAACAAGACAGACACAGCUAGCUGGUCCGCUGCUGCCCCUUCCCCUGCCCCGUGCCGCGAGUGAGUGAGCUUACGAUGCCAGGGCGCUGCAGAGUUUGCCGCCGUGCUCCCCGAUGAAGUAGUCGCGCCACUUGGCCUGCACCACACGAGCCAUGAGACAGCCAGUGGUGCAGGGGAGGUGGUAUGGGUGUGUGUUGUGGCUGGCUGACCAUGCUGAUGAUGUUCAUCAUGAGGUCCACGUUGUCCACCUUGGCCGUGGCCGGCCGUCCCGCCUCGAUCGAAUUCAGAUCUGACGCACCAGCUCACACACAAAGAGGUGAGUUACGGGUGGUGUGUGUGUGACCGAGGUGCUCUGACUACCUGCUUGGUGCGCUUCUUCCAUGUCCCUGAUACGGUCAUAAGCGAAUCCCUGACAACGACAAGACCCACGCACUUUGGCGACUCAGUCAGUCGGUGCACCGUCGUGUCUGUCCCUCACUCACUCACCGAAGCAUCAGCCCGAUUGAUGUCGGCCGCCUUCCUCUUGGACUUGCGCUGCUCUGUGGACACACCACACCACACACAGAAGGAGAGAGAAGACAUUGCAGGUCAGUCUGUCUUUCAUGUUGUGCGUGUGUCUGUUCUUUUCUGCCCGCCACUCACUCUUCCACUCUUCGAUCUUCCUGUCCUCUUUGGUCACCUCCUUCUCUGACCGAGGGCUAGACUCGCCACCAUACUAACCAACCACACACACAGACAGACACAGAAAUAGACACAGAUGCAACACAUCCCCACCCGUCAGUCAGCCGUGUGCCUGCCUGCGUGUUGUGUCUGUCUGCCCUCGGUCGGUCGCUUACGUCGCUGCCCUCGGCCGCCGCCUUGAGUGGGUCAUCUUCGCUCUGUGCCUUGGCCUUGCGCUUCCUCUCUGGCUUCUUGCGCUCCUUCUUCUUCUUUUUCUUCUUGUGGCGCCCCUCCUCCUCAUCAAUGUCAUCGGGCGACGGCUCGCCGCCCUCCUCCACGCCCGGCAUCUCGUCCUGGUACUCCUGGUCCUGGCGGGGCUGCUGGUCGGGUGGUUCAUGGGCUGGCGCGUCCUCCUCGUCGUCGGGCUUCUCGUCGGCGUCACCGAAAAUGUCCGCAUAGACAUUCUGACAAGGCAGGCAGGCAGGCAGAUACGAUACAGACAGACGGUGGAGGCAGGCCACUCAUGUCAUGUGGGUGGUUGUUUCUCUCUCUGUGUGGGUCUGGUGUGUGUCGUUUGUCGUGUCAACUCGCUUAGCUUACGAUGUGCUGUCCCUCUUCCUCGUGGUCGUCAUCGUUGCCCUGCUGCGCCGCAUCGUCUCCUCCCUCGACCUCCAUGCCUUGCUCCUCCUCCAUGCCGCCAUCGCCGCCAUCGCCCUCCAUCCCCUCGUCGCCCUCCAUGGUCUCAUCUAUCGCUGCUUGUUGCUGCUGCUCGCCACCCCCAGCAAGAGCAGGAGCCUCACCGCCCUGCUCCUCCUCAUCAUCGGCCUGGUCCUCCAGGUCAAAGUCGUCGUCGUCGUUGUCGUCCUGCUCGUCUGGCGCAUCAGCCUCGUCCAUGGCUGCCGGCAUGGGUGGCGCGAAGCCGCCGGCCACGGGCUGGGUCUCGCCAAACUCGAAUGCACGGUCAGCCAUCGGAUUUUCUCAAGCAGAUCUGCAGAUGUCGUGGUGUGCUGCAGGAGGGGUGAUCUUUCUGCCGUUUUCUC